AAUCAAAGUUUUCCGUAAAUUUUUGUUCGUUGUGUGCACAUUUUUUUUCACUGAUCUGUUAAUCGAAAAUUACGAGAAGAUUAAUCGUUUAGAAAUCAAAAUUAGAGAAACGAAGAGCAGUUUCAUUUAGGCUGACUUUCCACAGUUCGCAAUCGAUCAUCUCUGUCACAAUUCCGCAGAACGACAGAACUCCACAACCCACACUUGUGAAGAUUUUUGAAGAAGUGCUAGAAGUUUCGAAGUUGUGCUAGAGCAUCAUGCCAAAGAAUAAAGGAAAGGGAGGUAAAAAUAGGAGAAGAGGGAAGAAUGAGAACGAGACCGAAAAAAGAGAGCUGGUGUUCAAAGAAGAUGGACAAGAAUACGCUCAAGUGACAAAAAUGCUGGGCAACGGUAGGUUAGAGGCUAUGUGUUUUGAUGGAGUCAAACGAUUGUGUCACAUCCGAGGCAAGCUGCGGAAGAAGGUAUGGAUUAAUCAAGGAGACAUCAUAUUGAUCGGACUGCGAGACUAUCAGGAUGCCAAGGCAGACGUUAUAUUGAAGUAUACGUCUGACGAAGCACGUAACUUGAAAACUUAUGGCGAGUUCCCAGAAACCGUGCGUAUCAAUGAUACAGUAACUUUCGUGGAAGAUGGAUUUGAUGAAGACAUUGAAUUCGGGGAUGAAAUUAGCGACGAUGAUGAAGAUGAUGUUGACAAUAUCUGAUGACCCGCAGUUUAAAUAAUAAAAAAGAUAAAUAUCACGAGAAAGUACAUGGGGACAUCCAUUCAUUUCAAAAAUGCAAUUAUGCAAUGUCAAAGUUUCCUUCUGUUGAGUAGUUCAUCUCACUGUAUGUAUCUACAAAUAAAUCAUCAGUUUAUGGUAAUAUCGUGUUCCAGUUUGAAUAGUCUUUUCUUAAUAAAUUGUUUUUCUUUAUAUACUUUCUUUUUUUAUUUACAUCAUGUAUCUGCCUAUUUGUGAAAUACACACAUACAUAUAUUAUUCAGCAAAUGAAAUAUCACUAUAUAUCAUGCAGUAAGUACUUUUUUGUAUGUUGAAAUGUCUCAUUAAAUAUGAUUUU